CGUCUGAGAGGCUCUUCUAUUUCAUCCUUCAGAUUUCGGCUGUUAUUUAGGCUCCACCGUUCCCGCCAGUGGGCUGUGGUUUGGUCGGAGAGAUUUAAUGAUUCCGCCAGUAAAAGGCUAAUUUACAUAAUAAGUACAUAUUUAAUGAUUGCGCGCGGGAAUGCGCGGGGGCUGAAGUGAAUCUUGGAGAGAGAAUUGAGUCCAGGCGUAUGUUGAUUACUUUCGUUCUUUCUUUCACUAUGCAUGAGCUUUAUUAGUUGGUACUUUUGUCCACAUCUUUGGUUUUGCGGUCGGUCUUUUGUAGUUCACACAUGACAAACUUCACGUCACUUCACUUCAUUUUCCAGACUUAUGAGCCGGCAUGUAGUGAGGCGCUUUAACCCCCCUCCUCUCGCUUCCCCUCCCAGACACACACACACACACACACGCACACACACACACACACGCACGCACGCACACACACACUGUGCAGCUCGGCUAGUCACAGCGCGCAGAGCCGUACCUCAUAUUUGGAUUUUCGCUUAACGCGAGGAUACAGCUGCGAAUUUGACAGACGGCUGGGAUUGCCAUCACUCGCCGAUAACUCUCGCGCUCUUCCCUCCAGGUCCCCGCGCUCAGCUGAGGGGGCUUGCCUGACCGAGAGCGUUAAAGGGUUGCCAUGGAGCCCACGUACUCCCUGACGGCGCACUAUGACGAGUUCCAGGAAGUGAAGCACGGCGGUCGCUAUAGCAGCGGAACCCUUAGCAACGGCCUGGCGCUGCAGCUGGGCGGGUCCCUGGAGAGAGGGGCAGCCCGGGCCCAUGGGAGGGGCCAGAAGGUGGUGGGCGUGUCGGGUGGGUGGAGCCGGCGGGAGAUGUGCUUGCUGUCUGCGCUGGUGUUUGCUGCUGGUGUGGGGGGUUAUCCAUGUGCAUGCUCACGCUUGUUCAUCUCCCACUUUGAAACCAGCACUGAUGCUGGCUGUCAGAUGACUUCGCGGAGGAGGAGGCGGAGCCUGUUAUGGGCAAGGGCCGUCCAAUCAAAUAUCGAUGCCAGCGUCCCGCCCUGUCAGGACUUCUACAGCUUCGCGUGCGGAGGGUGGCUCCGUCGUCAUGGGAUACCGGAGGACAAACUCAGCUACGGCAUCAUCAGCGCCAUCGGAGAGCAGAAUACUCUCAAGCUCCAGAAACUCCUGAUGCAACCCAUCCGACGCACACACACACACAGCGCCGAGAGGAAGGUGAAGGCCUUUUAUCGCUCCUGCAUCAACAUCCAUGAUAUUGACCGUCUGGGGGCGGGGCCUAUGCUGGAGGUGAUUGACAGCUGUGGUGGGUGGGACCUGUCCUCGGCCCCUCCCCCGGGGGCAGGGUGGGAGCGGGCGUCGGGUGCGGCAUGGCCCGACUUUAACGAGAUGCUCUUUAGGACCCAGGGCCUCUACAGCACCUCCGUCUUCUUCUCCCUCACCGUCAACGUGGACGACAAGAACUCCUCACGCAACGCCAUCCGGAUUGACCAAGAGGGGUUAACAUUGCCUGAAAGGACUCUAUACCUGGGACAGGAUGAGGAUAGUGUGAAGAUCCUGGCUGCGUAUAAGGCCCUGAUGGAGCGGUUCUGCUACAUGCUGGGAGCGCAGAACGCCACGCAGAAAUCACGCGAGAUCAUCCAGCUAGAGACACGUCUCGCCAACAUUACACUGUCAGACUUUGAUGACCAGAGGAAGGAUAUUAGCAGCAUGUACAACCGUAUCACGCUUGACCAACUACAGUCCAUGGCACCUGGUUUGCACUGGAAGAAGUUGCUGGAGCGCAUCUUCCAGGAGAGUUUCUCAGAGGAUGAGGAGAUUGUGGUGCUGGCCACAGACUACCUGCAGAAGGUCUCGGACAUCAUCAAAACCACCUCCAAAAGGGUGCUCCAUAACUACAUGCUGUGGCGGGUGGUCGCUGCGCUGAGCGAGCACCUCUCUACGGCUUUCCGGAGCAGCAUCCACGAGUUCUCGCGGGAGAUCGACGGCACGGAGCGCCAGAUGGAGCUGGGACGCCUCUGCCUCUCGCAGGCCAACAAGCACUUCGGCAUGGCGCUCGGAGCCCUCUUUGUCCAGGAGCACUUCCCCACGCACAGCAAGGCCAAGGUCCAGGAGCUGGUAGAAGAUAUCAAACAUGCUUUGGACAUCAGACUACAGGAGCUAGACUGGAUGGAUGAACCCACAAGAGAAGCUGCCAGAGCCAAGUUGCAGAACAUGAUGUGAUGUUUGCAUCCAGACUAUCUGCUCAAACCAGAACUGAUAGAUCGGGAGUAUGGGUUUGAAGUGAAUGAGAAGACCUACCGAACAGAUCCUGAACAGACCGCAAUAUUGAUCUCUAAUCAAGAAAAAUACACAAGGGAGGUGGACAAGUGGCUUCUUCCACCCCAAGCACUGAAUGCAUAUUAUCUACCUAACAAGAAUCAGAUGGUCUUUCCUGCAGGUAUACUCCAGCCUACUCUCUAUGACCCUGAAUUCCCACAGUCCCUGAACUUUGGAGGCAUUGGAUCCAUCAUUGGACAUGAACUCACACAUGGAUACGAUGACUGGGGGGGGCAGUAUGAUCGCUAUGGCAACCUCAAGCAGUGGUGGACAGAGGCGUCGUACAGAAAGUUCCAAAAGAAGGCAGAGUGCAUCAUCAAACUCUACGAUAACUUUACCGUCUACAACCAGAGAGUCAAUGGGCGUCUAACUCUGGGAGAGAACAUUGCUGAUCUGGGUGGACUGAAGCUGUCCUACUAUGCCUAUCAGAAGUGGGUGAGAGAUCAUGGUCCAGAGAGGCCCCUACCUGGUCUCAAGUACACACACCAACAACUGCUCUUCAUCGCCUUUGCUCAGAACUGGUGCAUGAAGCGGCGAUCCCAGUCAAUAUACCUGCAGCUCCUCACAGACAAGCACGCACCUGAACACUGCAGGGUGAUUGGUAGUGUGUCUCAGUUUGAGGAGUUUGGCCGAGUGUUCCACUGCCCUCGGGAGUCUCCCAUGCACCCUGUGGCCAAGUGCUCCGUGUGGUGACCCCAGGACCAGCCCACCUCUGACCUUUCACCCCCACCGCUCCACCUUGUCGCCAUGGACACCAAUCAUCAGGGCAGCAAGAAGAAACACUGAUGGACCCACACACACACACACACACACAUUACACACACACACCACACACACACAUACACACACACACACACACUACACACCAUAUGCACAUGCACACACACACACACACACACUACACACCACAUGCACACACACACAAGAAUACUGAGAUGGGAUUUGAUGUUGAGACUGAAGGACAAAUCAGAUCAUAUUCCCACUAUACACACUACACACACACACUGCACACACACACACACUGCACACACACACACUAUACACACUGCACACACACACACUACACACCACAUGCACAAAAACACACACACUCUCACACACACACUACACAUCACAUACACGCACACAAAACUCUCUCACACACACACAGACAAGCCGGCAUGCAAACUUCUCCGUCUUGAAUCCAAAAUGGGUGACUUACAUGGUUUGUGCAGAUCCAAUGAGAAAAUAUAUAUUUAUCUAUUAGAACGCAUAUGAUAUCAGAGCCCCAUUUAAAACUUCUCUGGUCCAGCAAUGAAUGCGAGAAUGUAGCUCCUAUGCGUUUAUUAAACAUCAGUGGAAGCUAACGCAAACAGAACGCUCGCUCACGCCCGCUAUAGCCUCCAGUGCCCAAUAUUGCCCCCAAUAUAGCCCCCUGUGCCCAAUAUAGCCUCCUGUGCCCAAUACAGCCCCAAUAUAGCCUCCUGUGCCCAAUAUAGCCCCCUGUGCCCAAUACAGCCCCCUGUGCCCAAUACAGCCUCCUGUGCCCAAUAUAGCCCCCUGUGCCCAAUAUAGCCCCAAUAUAGCCUCCAGUGCCCAAUAUAGCCCCAAUAUAGCCCCCUGUGCCCAAUACAGCCCCCUGUGCCCAAUACAGCCCUCUGUGCCCAAUUAAGCCCCAAUAUAACCCCCUGUGCCCAGUAUAGCCCCCUGUCCCCCCUGUGCCCAAUAUAGCCCCUUGUGCCCAAUAUAGCCCCCUGUGCCCAAUACAGCCCUCUGUGCCCAAUUUAGCCCCAAUAUAACCCCCUGUGCCCAAUAUAGCCCCUUGUGCCCAAUAUAGCCCCCUGUGCCCAAUAGAGCCCCAAUAUAACCCCCUAUGCCCAAUAUAACCCCCUAUGCCCAAUAUAGCCCCCUGUGCCCAAUAUAGCCCCCUGUCCCCCCUGUGCCCAAUAUAGCCUCCUGUGGCCAAUAUAGCCCCCCCCUGUGCCCAAUAUAGCCUCCUGUGCUCAAUAUAGCACCCAAUAUAGCCCCCAGUGCCCAAUAUAGCCCCCUGUGCCCAAUAUAUCCUCCUGUCUGAGCGCAGAUAGAUGCGUCUGAAAUGUCAGCUGGAAUAGUGAUUAGUGAUGUCAGCUGGAAUAGUGAUGUCAGCUGGAAUAGUGAUUAGUGAUGUCAGCUGGACUAGUGAUGUCAGCUGGAAUAGUGAUGUCAGCUGGACUAGUGAUUAGUGAUCAGCUGACAUCACUAGUCAGAGCAAUAGCAUGUGUGACGUCCCUGCUUGCUGCUGGUAGUCUCUUGUCAUUACAGGUAUUGGCGGCGUGGGCGUGGCCAGCGCACCUUUUGAAGGCCCAAAAAACAGCAGCCCCACAGCCUACUUGCAGCAGGGGAACACCCGUGCCCUUUAUGCACCGGCCAGUUAGCACCAACAGGUGCGCUGGCCACGCCCACGCCGCCAAUACCUGUAAUGACAAGAGACUACCAGCAGCAAGCAGGGACGUCACACAUGCUAUUGCUCUUUAUGAAACGUGGUGUUGAUUGACAUGCUAUUGCUGUCUUUAUGAAACGUGGUGUUGAUUGACAUGUUAUUGCUCUUUAUGAAACGUGGUGUUGAUUGACAUGCUAUUGCUCUUUAUGAAACGUGGUGUUGAUUGACAUGCUAUUGCUCUUUAUGAAACGUGGUGUUGAUUGACAUGCUAUUGCUCUUUAUGAAACGUGGUGUUGAUUGACAUGCUAUUGCUCUUUAUGAAACGUUCAGUGGCCUGAUCUGCACUAGUCUGUGCAUACAGGUGCAGUUUAACAUGUCAUGUGAACACAGCUCACACUAGUCUGUGCGUACAGGUGCAGUUUAACGUGUCAUGUGAACACAGCUCACACUUUAUUGGUUGGUUAAACAAACUAACUAGCAUAAUAUCACAAUCUGUAAGUAGCCUAGGCUGCAGGUUAAAACAUUUUAAAUCUCUUUUACAAAUGAAAGCCCAGACUACCCUAUUGUAUAUAAUAAUGUUAGUCUGAAAUAGUGUGUCUCAAGCAAGUUCAUUUAUUACCUGGUUUGGUCCAACUAAUAUUCAGACUUAUCAUCCUAUCCUAAUAGUCUACUAUGAAGUGUCCAUUAGGCCUUUGAAAUCUUCAGAAAUGUCUGAUAACUUCAGGCACAAAGAAAGAAAGAAAGAAAGAAAGAAAGAAAGAAAGAAAGAGAGAAAGAAAGAGAGAGAGAGAGCUCAUGUUGAUUUGCCGAGGAGGGUGAAGCAUGCUGCAAAACGGGCCCUUCACACUUUCACAAAAGCAAUGAAGCAUUUUUAUUGAAUUUCUUUUUUUUUUCGUUGAAAAAUAGUCAUUUUGUAAAUCUCUGAUUUUGGGCUGUUUCAUACUCUAUGGAAGCUGCACUAUUGGCAACAAUGUCAUUCGCGCUUUCGCUAUGAAACGCCCAUUUCCCUCCUCACGCACCCUUCCCACCUUUUUCACCCCUGACCAGUUUGCAUGCCUGCACACCUCACACACACACACCUCACACACUGCAAGGUGGACUUAUACAUACACAUACAAACAGAUGCUCAUACACACACACACACAGACGCACAUACACACAGAUACCACACACACACACGCUCAUAUUCCAUGUUGCUCCGUAGUGGCCAUACACACACACACUCAUAUUGCUCCAUAGUGGCCACACACACAAACAUACACACACAAACACACACACACACUCAUAUUCCAUGUUGCUCCAUAGUGGCCAUACACACACACACUCAUAUUCCAUGUUGCUCCAUAGGGGCCACACACACACACACACACACUCCACUGCUCUCAGUUUGGCUGAAUGGGAAUUGAGUUUUAUUUUCCAAAAGUUCUAUUUUAUUUUUCUAUAUCUGAUCAUGAUCAUGUAGGCCUACUGUACAUAGUUUCACAUAAAGGUGUGUAAAUAUAUCGUCUGUUUGAGAGACAGAGAGAAAGUCUUAAAGACUUAAAAGGAGUCUUAAAUGGAUGAUGUGUGUGUGUGUGUUAUGAAUUAUGUAUUUGUGUUGUAUCCAUCAUUUGAUGACUGAAAAGCAUGACAGGAUGUUUUCCCCAACAACACACACACACACACACAAACGCACGCUCACACACACACACAUCACAUCACACCACACUACAUGCACGCACACAUACACACACGCGCGCACGCGCACAUACACACAUCACA